AUGGCAAGAAUUCAAAAUAAUGAUGAAAAUAUAAGUUUUAUAACUUUUAGAAGGUUCAUUUUCGAUCAUGAUCUAAAUAUUUUCACACACAGAAGGUAUCGACAAUUAGGAGAAGUAGAUUAUAAUCAUAAUUUUAAAUGUAAUUCAGAAGGAUUUUAUGCCGAUCCAAGUAAUUGUAGGACGUUUUACCGUUGUGUCGAUGUUAAUUCCAAUGACUUUACGAGGGAAAAUUUAAAACCUCAAUAUUUAGCAUAUCGAUUCGAAUGUGGAGAAGGAACGGUUUUUGAUCCGGAUUUAAAUGUUUGUAAUCAUGCUGAAGACACUGCAAGGAGUGAAUGCGGUGGCAGACGACACCACGGAUCGAAUAAAAACAAACCUUCGAAUGGAAAUCAACCAUACGAUCCGGCGAAUCCUCAAAAUCCUUCGAAUAAUCAAUCUCCGUUAUCAAACGGCCCGAACGCAAAUUCUAAUAAUAUGUGUCAAGGUCCGGGUUUUUAUCCGGUUCAAGGGAAUUGUCAAAAAUACAUUAGAUGCGUUGAAAAUGGUAACGGAGGUUUUAAUAAAUUUGAAUUUACAUGCGGACCGGGAACGGUGUGGGAUCAAGCUUCCAUGACGUGUAAUCAUCCUUCUGCCGUGCCAGGAUGCGGUGCGCCUAACGAAUCAUCCGGCCCAGGAAAUUAUCCUGAUUACGGAGAAUAUCCAGAUGGAGAAAAUGUUGACUAUUCGCAACCAUCUGGUCCAGAAAAUUAUCCGAACUCAGGUGGACAACCAGGGCAAGCGCCUUACCCAGGAGUUGGAAAUAAUCCGAAUCAAGGACAAUAUCCAAGGCCUGGAUAUCCUCCCAAUCAGGGAAACUCUCCGUACCCUUCAAAUUCACCAAAUCAAGGACAAAAUCCAGGGAAUUAUCCCAAUCAAGGACCUUAUCCGGGGUCUGGAAAUUAUCCAAAUCAAGGGCAAUAUCCAAAACCUGGAAAUUAUCCCAAUCAAAGCCCGAGUCCAGGCCCCGGAAAUUAUCCUAAUCAGGGUAACUCUCCAAAUUAUUCAGGCCCACCCAAUCAAGGACAAUAUCCAGGGAAUUAUCCCAAUCAAGGACCUUAUCCAAAUCAAGGGCCAAAUCCAAGCUCUGGAAAUUAUCCCAACCAAGGAAAUUAUCCGAAUUCUCCAAAUCCACCACCUUAUCAAGGGCAAAGUCCGGGUCCAGGAAAUUAUCCGAAUCAAGGACAAUAUCCAAAACCUGGAAACUAUCCUAAUCAAGGAAAUUAUCCGAAUUCUCCAAACCCACCACCCAAUCAAAAACCAAGUCCAGGCCCAGGAAAUUAUCCGAAUCAAGGUCCUUAUCCAGGGUCUGGAAAUUACCCCAAUCAAGGGCCAAAUCCAGGCCAAGGAAAUUACCCCACUCAAGGACCUUACCCAGGAUCUGGAAAUUAUCCGAAUUCAGGCGGUCCCCAAAACCUUGGAUCUUAUCCAGGAGGUAGCUCUUAUCCGAACCAGGAGAAUUACCAAGGGCCUGGAGAGCAGCCUAAUCAACCUGAAGAAAAUUCGUCAGAAGAUUGUCCAUCUUCUGGCUUUUUUGGUGUUCCGGGAAAUUGUAAUAAAUUUGUAAGGUGUGUCGAAAAUGAUCAAGGUGGUUACACUAAAUACGAAUUUCAAUGCAGCCCAGGUACCGCUUGGGAUUCUAAUCUUCAAACAUGUAAUCACGCGUCUCAGGUAGAAGGAUGUAAUGCGUCUGAAAAUCCUCCAGAGCAAGAAAAUAAUAAACCCGACCAAACACCAUCUACAUCUAAACCAGGCAGUUCAAGCAAUAAAGAUAACUCACAGUGUGAAAGUGAGGGAUUUUUUGAAGUAAAAGGCGAUUGUAAAAAAUUUUAUCGCUGUGUCGAUAACGGAAACAAUAUGUAUGUGAAGUAUGAUUUUGAGUGUGCUGAAGGUACAGUUUGGGACCAAUCAAUUCAGGCAUGUAAUCACCCAUGGGCUGUAAAAAGAAAUGAUGCCAACUGUGGAUCUUCUCAAACUGAACCACCAAAUGAAACAAUGACCACCCAGUCUACAAGUCCUUCUACGCCUUCUAGUUCAUCACAAUUAACUUCGUCGACAUCUUCACAAUCGACAACUUCAAGUCCCACAUCUUCAAGUUCCGCGCCUUCAAGUUCCACGACUUCAAGUUCCAUGCCUUCAAGUUCCACGCCUUCAAGUUCCACGACUUCAAGUUCCAUGCUUUCAAGUUCCACGACUUCAAGUCCAAUGUUUAGUCAAACUAGUUCUGGCACAACUACAUCAAUGCCAUCGACUAGUCAAUUACCAUCUACCCAGCAGAAUCAGAACCAGACACAAACUCAAACUUCGGAAUCAAGUUCAACGACUCAACAAAAUCAACAAACCACUUCCACUCCAUCAAUGCCUUCGUCAACCAGUUCAUCAACAACUCGAAAACCCACGACAAAAAUGCCAUCUAAAGAAAAAGACCCAUCAAUGCCUAUACCAGGCAGUAUGCCGUGUAAUUUUACUGAAAAAAUGCCAGGUCCAGUAAAAUGUGAGAAAGCAGGCUUUUUGCCAGACCCCAAUGAUUGCAAAAAGUUUUAUAGAUGUGUAGAUUGGGAUGGUGAUCAGGGAGAGAAGUUUUCGAUAUACUCUUUUGAAUGUGGUCCUGGUACAAUUUGGGAUCCUACUUUAGAAACCUGUAAUCAUGAGAAUUCUGUUUAUCCUAAAAGAGACUGUUCAAAUAAGGAUAGUGAACAACCAUCAUCUACACCUUCAGAAUCAUCUUCACCAACCCCAAGUACAAUGAGUACAAUGAUGACAGAUAUGUCUGAGCCAUCUUCUACUCCAAUGACUACUGAGAAUCCUGAGGAAGUAACGACAAAAAUGACUCCAACUGAUAAAGCUGAAACAACUACAGAGGCAAUGACUGAACCUGCAACAACAGAAAGUUCUGAAGAAACAACAACAAAUCCAAGUUCAACAGAGCCCACGACUAUGAAAAGUACGGACUCUGAAUCCUCUGAGCCUACUUCUACAAGCUCAACAGAAAGUAUGACUUCGGGUUCUACUGAGCCUACAACUGAGUCUACGACCCCAGACUCUACCGAAAUGAUGACCUCUGGUUCAACGGAAUCAACAACUUCCGUAUCUUCGGAAUCAACGACUACAGCUUCUACAGAGAGCAUGACUUCUACUUCAACAGAAAGUAUGACAUCAGACUCUACAGAGAGUAUGACUUCUACUUCAACGGAGAGUAUGACUUCAGGUUCAGCGGAGAGCAUGACAUCAGAUUCCACAGAAGCCAUGACUUCAACUUCUACAGAGAGCAUGACUUCAGGUUCAACGGAAAGCAUGACAUCAGACUCUACAGAGAGUAUGACUUCUACUUCAACAGAAAGUAUGACUUCUACUUCGACAGAGAGUAUGACUUCUACUUCGACAGAGAGUAUGACUUCUACUUCAACAGAAAGUAUGACUUCUACUUCGACAGAGAGUAUGACUUCUACUUCAACAGAGAGCAUGACUUCUACUUCAACAGAGAGCAUGACUUCCACAAUGGAACCUACAACUCCAAACUCUUCAGAAAGUACAACUUCAGAUUCUACCGAAUCCACGACUCCAAACACUUCUGAAAGUACAACUCCAGGAUCGACCGAGUCGAUGACUUCAACUUCCACCGAACAAACAACCACGGGUUCUACAGAACCUACGUCGACAAGUCCUCAGGAAUCUACAACAUCUGAUUCAACAGAAACAUCUCCCACUACUGAACCAACCACCCAAAUGACCACCUCACGCCCAACAGAUGAAACUGAUCAAACAGAAUCAAGUUCGGGUACAACGACUUCGAGUCAAACAGAACCAAAUGAAUCUACAACAUCAACAACAUCAACAACACCAUCACCAGAUAAUUCAGAAAAUCCCGAUUGUCCAAAACUAAAAGAAGGCCAAUCAGUAUUCGUUUGUCCAACAAGUUUUAAAAGGCAUCCGAAAAACUGUAAUUUAUUUUAUCAAUGCACAACAUCUGAAGAAACCGGAGAUGUUAAUGUCAUGGUAUUAGCUUGUAAGAAUAACACAGUAUACGACGAAGAAAAAAUUCAGUGUCUACCUCCAGAAAGUCCAGAAUGUCGUCGACAAAGUAGAAAAUUUUCAAAACGAGAUGUUGGAGAUUUGUCAUCCGUGGUAAUCGUUCCUCCGAAUAAAAGACUGUGUCCGAGGGAAGGUUCAUUUCCCUACGAAGGCGAUUGUUUAAGAUAUUAUAAAUGCACAAGAGAAAGUAACGGAAAAAUUCAAGGACGCGUUUAUCAAUGUCCCGACAACCAUUCAUUUUCCGAAGCAACAAGUCGAUGUGAAAAAACGGCAACGUUGCCAAAAUGUACAAGAUCCAUAAAGGAAGCAACACCGAAACGAUUAAAAUGGAUGAAAUCAAAAGUUCCAAUGGAACAACAACACUCCGACGAACUUUAA